GAGGGGGACGAAUGUAAUCGAACAUGUCCUAUUAGCCACUAUACUGGCAAAGUAUGAAACUGGGGUCUGGGGGUCACGAGACGUUAUGGACCCGAGUCUGAUGGAUUGGAGCCCGUCGGUCUACACUAGCACCGGAGAUGUGGUGGACUGUGACGGCCGGGGGAACAGUGAACCCCGGCCAACCCCCCGCCGCCUUGUGCAACACAUCUUGUGUUCUGCGGUAAAGAUGGCGGCGUCAGUGGGGGCGCGCAGCAGCCGGACCACGGCGACAGCAUUUUGAAAAAAGCUCCAUAUUUGAGCGACUCUCGCUCGUUCGUCAUCCGCCCGGACGACGCCCGGUUCUCCGGAGCAAAGACGGUCGCUGUCACGCGUCGGGGGGUUGUUAUUUUAAUGUUUAAAAGCCGGGGGAGUUGCGGAUUUUUGGGAUCGCGACUAACACCAGCUAGCUUGCUUAGCCAAGCGAGCUAAUACGGAAUCGUUAGCGGAGGCAAGCGCGAGGAGGAGGAGGGGGGGGGGACUGAGGAACGCUAUUCGGUACUCAGGCUCCUCCAGCGCAGGGGAAUGUGAGCCCGAGGCGCACGGGGGUGGGGGGGUUUGCUCGCUUGGUCCCGAACGUACUCACGACAAACUACCGGGAUGGGACAGCAGGUAGGCCGCGUCGGUGAGGGCACAUCGACCGGACUCCAGCCACCACAGCCCCACGCGUCCCAAGCACACCAAGGCAAGGGGAACCGGGGAAGCGUCGCCGGGAGGAGACCCCGAGAUCCCGGCAGCAACACCGGCACACCGCCUGGCAGGACCGCUGCCAUCAACGUGCCGGACCCGUCGAUCAAUAUAUUCACGAAGCAUUCAGAAGCUCUCCACAGGCCAUUCGGGCCGGAUUCUGCGGCCCUGACAGAAGCGGUGCGCUGGAGCUCAAAGGAGAAUCUGCUGGGGGCGGCUGAGAGCGACCCCAACCUUUUUGUUGCACUUUAUGACUUUGUGGCCAGCGGAGACAACACACUCAGUAUCACUAAAGGAGAGAAGCUGUGCGUGCUGGGCUACAACCAAAAUGGCGAGUGGAGCGAGGUUCGCUCCAAGAACGGCCAGGGUUGGGUCCCCUCCAACUACAUCACGCCCGUCAACAGCCUGGAGAAGCACAGCUGGUACCACGGGCCUGUUUCGCGCAGCGCCGCAGAGUACCUGCUUUCAUCCCUCAUCAACGGCAGCUUCCUCGUUCGCGAAAGCGAGAGCAGCCCCGGGCAGCUGUCCAUUUCCCUCCGCUACGAGGGGCGAGUUUACCACUACCGGAUCAACACUUCGGCGGAUGGCAAGGUGUAUGUGACAUCCGAGAGCCGCUUCGCCACCCUGGCCGAGCUGGUCCACCACCACUCCACCGUAGCCGACGGCCUGGUCACCACACUGCACUACCCGGCGCCCAAGUGCAACAAACCCACCGUGUACGGCGUGUCCCCCAUCCACGACAAGUGGGAGAUGGAGCGCACCGACAUCACCAUGAAGCACAAGCUGGGAGGCGGCCAGUACGGCGAGGUGUACGUGGGCGUGUGGAAGAAGUACAACCUUACGGUGGCUGUCAAAACGCUUAAGGAGGACACCAUGGAAGUUGAGGAAUUUCUGAAAGAGGCUGCUGUCAUGAAGGAGGUUAAACAUCCAAACCUGGUUCAGCUUCUUGGCGUGUGCACGUUGGAGCCUCCGUUUUACAUCGUGACAGAGUACAUGCCCCACGGCAACCUUCUGGACUACUUGAGAGACUGCGACAAGGAGGAGGUGAAUGCUGUGGUUCUCCUUUACAUGGCCACACAGAUCUCCUCCGCAAUGGAAUACUUGGAGAAAAAGAACUUCAUCCAUAGGGAUCUCGCGGCAAGGAACUGCCUGGUGGGGGAGAAUCACGUGGUGAAGGUGGCAGACUUUGGUUUGAGCAGGUUGAUGACUGGUGACACCUACACUGCACACGCUGGGGCCAAGUUCCCCAUCAAGUGGACGGCGCCGGAAAGCCUCGCGUACAACACCUUCUCCAUCAAGUCCGAUGUAUGGGCAUUUGGGGUCCUGCUAUGGGAAAUUGCUACCUACGGAAUGUCUCCGUACCCCGGCAUCGAUCUGUCUCAGGUCUAUGACCUUCUCGAGAAGGGCUACCGCAUGGAACAGCCUGAGGGAUGCCCGCCAAAGGUCUAUGAACUCAUGAGGGCAUGCUGGCAGUGGAGUCCACUGGACCGGCCAUCAUUCGCAGAGAUCCACCAAGCCUUUGAAACAAUGUUCCAUGACUCCAGCAUCUCCGAAGAGGUGGCAGAGGAACUCUGUAAGACUGCCUCCUCCGGUCACGGAGGUCCCCUGCACUCUUUCGACACGCCCCUGUUGCCGUCCAAAUCCCGCACAAUCUUCAAGCACACGGAAAACAAGGAGAACAUCGAGGGCGGGCUUGACGGGCGGCCGGACCACGGCACCCACGGUCCCUCAGGUUGGACUUCUCUAUUAGGAGGCGACGGACGCACUGGCAGUUCCCCGGCGCUGCCCAGAAAGCAGCAGCCCCGCGAUAAAUCGCCCGGCAGCCUUUUGGAGGACGCGCUGGACACGGGCACGUUCACGCGAGACCGCAAGACUAGCUUCUUCAGCUCCUUCAUCAAAAAGAAGCCGUCGUCAUCGUCUUCCUCCUCUUCCUCUCCGUCCUCCCAGCACCAACAGAAUCUCCCCACACCCCCCAAACGGAGCAGUUCCUUUCGGGAGAUGGAGACUCAGCCGCACAAGAAAUACGAGCCCACUGCUGAUUUCAGCCCGCCGCCUCCGCUGCCGCAAUCGGACAGUUUAGGCGGCUUCUCCCCUUCCCCCUCUCAUUCCCACGGUGAGCCUGCCCAGACUCAGUCGCGCUGCUGUGGGGCCACCUUUGGACAGAAGCCCUCCGGUGUGGGACUCGUUUCCCAGGUAACAAGCGGCAGCAGCUGGGGAGGACUUGCCGGAUUUUUUACCCCGAGGCUUAUCAAAAAGACCCUCGGGUUGCGGACAGGGAAGCCAGUCUGCUCGGGGGAUGGUGGAAAUAUAGUCGGGGGGCCUAAACCCUUACCUAGGUCCAAUUCUACGUCCUCAAUGUCAGCUGGGUUGCCUGACCUAGAGCGUAUUGCUCUGACUUUACCUAGGAACCGCAGUGCAAAAACCCCUCUGGAGAGGACCGCUUCGACCAGCUCCCAGCCAGAGAACGGGGCUGCACGUCCUCCCGAAACUCUGCUCAGGAGGAUGGAUGAGGGGACUGCACAGAUCAGGGAAAGGCCCAAAGCGAAGCUGCUACCCCGCAGCACAGCAGGACGGGCACCGGGGGUCGGUGGGGAAGUCGGGGAACUGGACAGUGCGGCCCGGGUGAGGGAGGGUAGAGAGGAUGGCGGCGUAGGACUGGAAAGACAGCAAAGCUGGUCGUCCCCCUCGAAGACUUCUAGUUCAGCUGUCUCAGCGAACGCAGCAGGUGCACAAACUCACAACCACAAAGUUCCAGUUCUCAUCUCCCCCACGUUGAAGAACAGCCCGGGCGACGUGCACCUCGUCGGGCUGGACUCUCAGGGGAACCGCUUCAAACUGCUGUCCGAGCAUCAGGCCGACCGGGACCGGCCGCGGCUGGUCAAGCCCAAGUGCGCUCCGCCUCCUCCGCCAACCCUACGCGGCAUACAACACUCCUACAGCAGCGAAGGCGAAGAGCAGGUAGGAGCCACGCCGGUCGAAGUCAACGGCGAUACGUUAAAAGGUCAAAGGUCGGGGCAGUUAUCAGGAGUGAUCGCGAGUAGACCAUCAGUGCCACCACCACAAGUGCCUCCUGCUUCCUCCACAACUCCCACUAAAAUGGCCAAUGGCGGACCCAGCAGCACCUCCUCCUCCUCCUCCUCGCACUCCACGACGCCCACCGGCUCCAAAGUGGCGCUGCGGCGCACCAGACAGCAGUCGGAGAGGGUUCCGCCGGAGCGGGUCAGCCGCGAGGUCCUGCUGGAGUGCGCCGAGUCCCUGAGCAGCGUCCUCCACAUCUGCUCCGAAAGCCCAUCCAGCAGCCAAGUCCUGGACGCCGGCCACCAGCUGCUGGACUACUGUUCCGGUUACGUGGACUGCAUCCCCCAAAUGAGGAACAAGUUCGCCUUUCGCGAGGCGGUGGGGAAGUUAGAGCUCAGCCUGCAGGAGCUGAGGGCCUCGUCCUCGGGGGGCGGAGGCUGCAUGGGCUCUAACAGCGUACUGGACAACCUGCACAGCUGUAUUAAAGAAAUUAGCGACGUCGUCCAGAGGUAGCCGACGCUAACGGUCACACCGCACCAUCUUUCGGAUUCCUUUAACUGCUUUUGACACGAGAAUAAUGUGUAAAGUACCUCAGAGAAAUCACUACAAAAGAUCAUCGUUUUGAUUGUUUACAUACAGCCGUUUCAUAAAACGCCAGCGUGCACAUUUCUUUUCGGCUCCGUCUGACCUGUCCGCAAUACCGACGACCACGUAUGCCAAACUAAAGGCUGUCCGACUCCAAAAAUCGCAAAAUGUUUUGCCUCAUGCCGACCGUGAACGUUAAAUGAAUGUCAAGCGUGUGUCGCCAGCGCAGAUUUCCGUCAAUCUGUCGAUUGUGCUCAGCCUUACCGAUGAGUCGAGAGUCGCUUCCCCGUCGAGCUCGACGUUUCAUGAAUGUGUGACUCAACGGUCGUGUGAACUGUGUUUCUCGGAGCGUUUUUUUUUUUUUUUUUGUCAGUGUCGACCACCUGAGGGACCACAAGUAAUUCUUGAAAGCCAUUUUAAACAAGAAAUGGAAAUAUUAUCAUCAUUGUGAUAGCCGUGCUUUUUCUCCGGUUGAAUUUUAAAACAUGGUCAGGUUUUGUUUCAUUAGAGUGGGGGAGUCAAAACUCAUUUUUCUCGCGGGCCACGUUGCGGUUCCGGUUUCCCCCAGAGGGCCCUUACGACUGUGAAACAAUACAAAUAUUUAAUCAUCUCAUCGCAUUUACAUCAUCAAUUCAUGAUCUACUUUUGGAAUCAGAAAUCAAGGGUGAUGUGUGUUUCAACUAUUCAUGUUUGGUAGCACAAAAACGCUUGGAAUAUCUCAACUUUUGCAUUUAGGAUGCAUGAUAAAUUGACAUUUUUAUUCAAAUUUUUACAAGAAUAAUUGAAAUUGACGCUCUACUUUUGGCUUUGGGGGCCACAUAAAAUCAUGGCGGGCCGGAGCUGGACCCCGGGCCUUGAGUUUGACACCUGUGCAUUAGAGGGAUAGGCAUUUCACUAAAUUUUCUCGAUUAUCUUUUUUAUUUUUAUUUUUGGGAUGGGAGGUGUUUUGAGCCCCUGUAUUGAUGCCAGUCCUGUAUUGAGCAGAUCAACGCUACCCGAGGGUGUUGUGCCAUACUGAUGUCGUGUUCCUUAGACCAACCGAGUAGGAAACAAAUUUUGAUUCGGUUUUAAUACACACUCAUUGUUAUACGGGGUGGGCGGUGGCACAGUGGAGCAGUUGUAAAGUGUUGGCCUCACAGUUCUGAGGUCCAGGGUUUGAUCCCAGCCCCGCCUGUGUGGAGUUUGCAUGUGCUCGCCGUGCCUGCGUGAGGACUCUGGUUUCCUCAACAUUAAGUGGACACUCUAAAUUGCCCCUAGGUGUGAUUGCGAGUGCAGCUGUUUGUCUCAAUGUUCCCUGCGAUUGGAUGGCAACCAGUUCAGGGUGUACCCCGGCUCCUGCCUGUUGACAGCUGGGAUAGGCUUCAGCACUCUCCACGACCCUCGUGAGGAUAAGAGGCUAAGGAAAUGGAUGUAUGUUAUACAUGGGAGAUUUUUUUUUUGAAGACCCUGCAAAGUGAAUUCAGAGAUUGGUUUCUUAAGGCCCUAAACAUGUUCGUACAUGUACUGCGUAGUGGUCAAUUGUGGAUAUAAGUGUCAAGCUGUUGUCACCGUUCCAGUUUUCCUUGUUCUUUUUUUUAGGGGGGUGGGGGGGGGAAUUAAACAACAACCAAUGACCUGCCUCAGUAUCUGGCAUGAAUUCUCUCUACCCCACUGUAUAAGAAAUUGACCACUUUUGUUCACAUAAGUGGUUAUCCGUGGCAGGUACGACUUGUGAUUCAUUUUGAAUCAGAAUCCCUUUUUCACUGAGCUGUGUUUUCAGGCAUUCAGUGCACACACGCCACAGGGUUUGAGAGGUAAGACAACGGUGGGAUUUUUCACCAUUUCUCAGCCUUAUUUUACAUAAUUGUAGGGUUUAAUUAUUCAAAGUUGGCAGGCUUAUUAACAACACUUCUCUGUAGGUUCUCAAAUUUAGAAGACAUUCUCACUUUACAGGGUCUUCAACGGUUUAUUAAUGAUUUUUUUUUUUAAUCCUCAUGAAAUCAGGAGUAUAAAUCCAUCCAUCCAUUUUCUUUGCCGCUUAUCCUCACAAAAGUCGCGGGGAGUGCUGGAGCCUAUUCCAGCUGUCAACGGGCAGGAGGCGGGGUACACCCUGAACAUGGUUGCCAGCCAAUGGCAGGGCACAUCGAGACAAACAGCCGAACUCACAAUCACACCUUUGGGCAAUUUAGAGUGUCCAAUUAAUGUUGCAUGUAUUUGUGAUGUGGGAGGAAACCGGAACGCCCGGAGAAAACCCACGCAGGCACCGGGGAGAACAUGCAAACUCCACGCAGGCGAGUCCAGGAUUGAACCCCGGACUUCAGAACCGUGAAGCCAACGCUUUUCCAGAUGAUCCACCGUGCUGCCGGAGUUUGUAUCAAAGGGUUAAUUAGUGCUAUAUGCCAAAUUCAACUGUAGGUACAGUACCAUUAUUUUUGCCGCAUACGUUAUGGUCGUGUAUCCCCAGCUUUUUAUUGUUUUGUUUUUGUUACAAAUUGCUUUUUUAAUGUAACAAAGCCCACAUUAAGUAUUUUUGAGUAUCAGAUUUUACUUUAUUCCCCCACAGUAUUCAAAAACAAUUGUUUUUUCUGCCUCUGGCGUGAAUGAAAUUCACCCCUGUCACUUUGUCAAAAGCAUUUCAAUAUUGACCUGCUUAUCCUCAAGAGGAGCACAGUGGAGAGCACUCGGCUAGUUGUUCCAAGUGUCCUUUGGGUGUUCUGGACUGCGCAGGUCUACCUUGAGCCUUCGUGGCCUCUGUGCCUCGCAUGUCCGACAACGUACGAAACACAGUUCAAACACACCGAGCGCUCAUCACACUAAUCAAAGUACUAAGUCUUUAUCGACAAACUUGCAGUCUGUCUUCAGCAUGAGUGAUUUGUACAUCGGAUUAAAAAAAAAAAAAAAAGAAUCUAGAAUGUCUAUGUAUAAACUUGAAUUUUAAAUUAUUCUUUUUUUUUUUUUUUUUUUAGUAUUAUUAUUUUUAAAAGCACAGCUCUUUCAGGGUAGGAAGUAAAUAUUUGUUUUAUUUCAUAUCCAGAAAAUAAAAUGCGUGGUAAGAGAAUAAAGAGUUAUUACGCAACAGGGGUGGGGAACCCAGACCCCGUGAGAACAUUUGAUCUGGCCCCGCUGAGCAAUUACAAAAGCAAAACUUCAGUGGAACUGUCCUACUUUUUGUAUGGCCUUUUGAAUUAUUAAUUAUUAAAAAGAAAAAAGGUUCCCCACCUCUGUUUCAGACUGAGGCCAAUCCAUCUGCUUUCUGAAUUUAUUAUUCAGUCCUGAAGUCAUCAAAUGUACAUCAGCACGACGGCCUCAUCUCUUACAGUGCCAUCACAUUUAUUUUUGUUUUUCAUAAUUGAUCACUGACCUGCAUUUGUAGUCUCAACUGCUCUAUUUCGUUCAGCAGAAGCUGCAAAAAAAUAAAAAAUUGUACAUGUCCAAUAUGUGCACACGCAGAUCACAUUUAUUUGGGCUCACAGGUUAAUGUACACUGGAUAAGGCCUCGGACGGUAAAUUAUUGGCACAUGUUGCACGUACAAGUCUCACAUUUGCAUAUAAAAACACUGCAGGUUCGCAACUUACAUUUACACGCACUGAGUCUCAAAUAACGCAAGCAAACUCGUUUUUCUGUGAUUCUUGUGAUUCCAGCCUUUUACGUGAGCAGAUUACUCGCAAGAUUCUACAGCCUCAUAAAAAAAAUUGUGCCAUAUUUUUUUUUUUUUGCAUUACACGUUUAUAACAACACUUAUUCUGAGCUGCUUAAUAUAUUGUUUCAUUCUAUUGGUUAUCUAGUUUCCUGACUGUUUAGUGCAUCUCUAUGGGUUAAGUCUCAUCAAAAAAAAUUUAAUAAAAUUGUUACCCUUCUUCAAAUAUAUUGGAGUAGCAAGGUCUGAAUAAAUUUAGUUUAUUUUUUUUAAUCUCGUACUUUUUCCUGGUCUAGCAUUCAUUGUUCUGAUUUCUUUUCUUUUUUUUCUACACUUUUAUGCCAUGUCUUGGAAAGCGCUCAGCAACUCAUCAUGAUACCAAAGUGGUACAGGUGCAAUGAAAGCCAACGCUCACAGUCAGACACGCCAUAAUGGAAUAUGUGAACCUUUCACAUGGAUUUAAAAAAAAAAAAAAAACGUUCACAACAUUUUUUUACUGUACAUUUUUUUUUUAUUUAAAGCUCACAUAUAUAACUGUGAAGUUUUGCUUAUAAGUGUCUAUUGUAAAUAAUAAAGAUUGAUGAAUAUUG